AUGAAUAAUGAAGUCAAGAUGUAUCAAAUACUUAAUGACCUUCAGGGGAAAUACAUUCCAAAAUUAGAGUGUUACGGCUACUUUGAAUAUGGAAUGUGUUAUGUUAUUGGAACAACUCUUGUUGGUAUUACUUUAAGACUUCGAAAAUAUAUUGCUCAAAGUUGGAGGUUAUUUGAUGAAGAGAAACGUAAAUUGAAAAGCUUGCUUGACCAUUAUACUUUAUUAGAUAGCCAUAGUAUUUGA